CCUCCCGCGGAGAUGGGGAGAGAAGUUUGCCUGCGGCGCAGUCCACUGAACGUUUACCGUGUUUCAUUUAGGGAACAGCAACAAGAGCCUCCGGAGAAGCUUUCCAGGGAUUGUUGAGGACUAUCUGACUGCACAGAAACACCACUCACAGUUGACUUUUUUGUUGUUGUUGUUGCUCUUUUGAAAAAAGCAAAGAAAAAAAAAAAAUCUUUACUUAUCAUUGAUGUCGCCGAAGUAGUGGGAAGCUCGGGUCACUAGGGCAGCGGCCGCACGCGGACUGUUGUCUGUAGGUAGGAGGGCGCUUUAAAAAAAAAAAAAAAAAAAUCUAGGUCCCGGAGAAGAAGAAGAAGAAGAGAGCGAAACAGAAGGGAAAAGAAGAAGAAUAACAGUCCAAGAGAAGGUGAUAAAAGAGUCCGACUCAGAAUGAAUAACAACAAGAUAGAGAAAGAAAACGAGCAGAGUGAAUUCACCAACCACGAAGAGGAGGUCCGAACUCUAUUUGUCAGUGGGCUACCACUGGAUAUUAAGCCGCGGGAGCUCUAUCUCCUGUUCAGACCAUUUAAGGGCUAUGAAGGCUCCUUGAUAAAACUCACUUCUAAACAGCCAGUGGGCUUUGUCAGCUUUGACAGCCGAUCAGAAGCGGAGGCUGCUAAGAAUGCCUUGAACGGGGUUCGGUUUGAUCCAGAGAUCCCCCAGACCCUUCGGCUGGAGUUCGCCAAGGCCAACACCAAGAUGGCCAAGAACAAACUGGUUGGCACCCCCAACCCCCUUCCCUCCCAGCAGAGCCCCGGGCCACAGUUCAUUAGCAGAGACCCAUAUGAGCUCACAAUGCCCGCUCUAUAUCCCAGCAGCCCAGACGUGUGGGCAUCAUACCCGCUGUACCCGGCGGAGCUGUCGCCGGCCCUUCCACCCGCUUUCACCUACCCCUCCUCGCUCCACGCUCAGAUCGUUUAUAGAUCUCAACAUUUCCGACCGCACUUGAAGGCAGCGUCAUUUCACGGAGAAAGAGCGAAAAGAGACGGCGCGAUUGUUGCUGGAGCUUGUUACAGGAAACAGUCAGCUGUUACACAAACUCCUGGGCAGAUUCGCUGGCUCCCACCUGCAGAUGGAACUCCUCAGGGAUGGAAGUCCAGGCAGUUCUGCUGAAGUAUGUGCAGCACCCCUCGGG